AAAGCUAAACGUAAGUGUAAGCGAAAUGAUUCAGCCAUGAGUAUGGACGUUUUUACUCCCCAUUUCAUUUGACUGAUAGAACAAUUCUGUUUUUUAAACUUUCAACCUUAAAUUAUAAUUACCUUUUCUUAGAUUAAGUUUGUUUAGACCUAUUUAUGCAUGUGAUAGGUUUCCUGUAUCUCGAUCCCGAUACCCAUUUUUAGUCUCUGUAAGAAGACAUUAACUCUGCCAUAGUUUUUACUACUGUGAACUUCAUGUGUUAAUCUAAUCUUUAUAUAAUUUAAUGAUCGUCAUAUUUGUCACCAACCUCAUGGGACACAUGAGCUGUGCUCGAAUCAGUAUUCCUUGAACAGUCGCAAACAGAAGAACUCUUAAUAAAUAUGUGGAAGAAAUUGAUUUUUACUGUGGUGCUUGUAGCCUUUGUGGGCGUGCGAUUCGCCAGCUCGCUGACCUGCUACAGCUGCAAUGAUGCCACUUCUUGCAAGAACCCCACGGUCCAGACAUGCUCCAACGCCACGGCCAAUGCCACCAGCGACUGGCUUUCGACGUACCACAACGAUGUGCCCGAAGUAGGUGGCAGCCAGAGCUUCUUGUGUGCCAAUCUCACCUACUACACAGGUCCGCAAAUCCCGCCCACAACACCUCUUGGCCCUAACAACACGCUUACGAGUGAGUUCCUUGGCUGUGCCCAUCCGGAUAUCAGGAUCUGUGCUCGUAAUCUGACCGAUCCGGAUGCCAGGGCCCACUGGAAGUCGCACUGUGGCGUCUGCUAUACUGACAACUGCAAUUACGAUGGACCCGCGGGAACCUUCAGUGGUAGUGCGUACACCAUAAUUGGCUCUAUCUCUGCGCUGCUAUUGACCAAGGUUCUCAGUUAAUUUUUAAUAAAGCGCUUCAACGGUGUACGGAA